CGCAUGCGUAAUACGGUGUUUUGAUUUCCCCGCGUAAGAAAACACAUAAAUUGACUAAACUUUUUCGUAUUUGUUCCUUACAGAGAAGCGAAGAUUCAAGACCAGCAGACAUUCCAUCAAGAAAAUGUAGUGGUUUAAAGUGAAAAUGAAAGUCAUUUUUGGCUUUAUGAAAAUGUGACAUUUUAUGUUAAUGACAUAACAAUGUUAACCAGAUUUCAGCUGAAAGUUUCGAGCAGCUGAAACAAGGACUUUGUUUCUUUAUCAUCCAUCUAAUUGUUACAAACAUUUCUAUAAUGUCACAUUCUGCACCGACCAGCGCUGAUGCUUGUUUGAGUAUCGUGCACAGCUUAAUGUGCCAUCGUCAAGGCGGGGAGAGUGAGUCCUUCGCUAAACGUGCCAUAGAAUCACUUGUGAAAAAGUUGAAAGAGAAACGAGAUGAACUCGACAGUUUAAUCACAGCAAUAACAACAAGUGGGGCACAUCCGUCUAAAUGUGUGACAAUCCAGAGAACAUUGGAUGGAAGAUUGCAGGUUGCAGGAAGAAAAGGGUUUCCACAUGUCAUAUAUGCCAGAAUUUGGAGGUGGCCAGAUCUUCACAAAAAUGAGUUGAAACACGUGAAGUAUUGUCAGUAUGCAUUUGAUCUGAAACAAGACAGUGUCUGUGUCAAUCCCUAUCAUUAUGAAAGAGUUGUCUCUCCUGGAAUAGAUCUGUCAGGGCUGACAAUACAGCAUGCAGCACCACCGUCACGUCUUGUCAAAGACGAAUAUGGAAAUGAGAUUGGGUCGGCUUCGGGUCUUGACAGCGGGACGUCGAGUGACCUGUCACAAACGGUUCAACAUCCUCCAGUCGAUGGAUUCAGCAGAAUGUCUGGAAUGGGACCCUCAUCCUCGGCCAGUGUUGGUCCAGCGGGGCAGAUAACAGACCCACGAGUAACUGGGGUCAUUUCCAACCCCAUGACCUCUAUAUCAGCAAGCGGGAGUCGAAUCAGUACAAGUGGACUGGGACCUGGACACCCAAUGUCACCACAGACUUAUACUACAGGAAUACCCAACUCCCAGGCUAUUACACAAUAUUCUAACAGAACACCCUCAUCUAGCUGGGAUGGAAGUAACGCCUCUUUUACACAGAAACAUGACGGUCAACAAUAUUGGAAUAAUCACACAAUACAAAGUCCAGAUGUACCGCUACAACCUCUAACCAAUCAACCUCCUCCUGAAUUCUGGUGUACAAUAUCGUACUUCGAGUUAGAUCAGCAGGUCGGCGAAACAUUUAAAGUACCGUACAGUUGUAGCACCGUGACUGUAGAUGGGUAUACGGAUCCGUCAAGUCUAGACAGAUUUUGCCUAGGACAGCUAUCUAACGUUCAUAGAUCUGAAGCUAGCGAGCGGGCAAGGUUGCAUAUAGGGAAAGGUGUGCAGUUAGACUACCGAGGGGAAGGUGACGUGUGGAUACGUUGUGUUAGUGAUCAUAGUGUGUUCGUACAAAGUUACUACCUCGACCGAGAAGCAGGGCGGGCUCCCGGUGACGCAGUGCAUAAGAUAUAUCCCAGUGCUUAUAUAAAGGUGUUUGACAUACGUCAGUGUCAUCGCCAGAUGCAGCAGCAGGCUGCAACAGCGCAGGCCGCUGCGGCUGCUCAGGCAGCGGCUGUGGCCGGUACAGUUCCAGGUCCGGCAUCCGUAGGUGGGAUAGCCCCAGCAGUAGGUCUCAGCGCUGCGGCAGGUAUUGGUGUAGACGAUUUAAGACGUUUGUGUAUUUUACGACUGAGCUUCGUGAAAGGCUGGGGGCCGGACUAUCCACGACACAGUAUUAAAGAGACUCCUUGUUGGAUCGAAGUACAGCUGCACAGACCUCUGCAGCUUUUGGAUGAAGUCCUUCAAGCCAUGCCGCUAAAUGAAGCAAGAGUUAAUAGGGGAUAUUUUCUGGGAUGAAUCAGUUUUAAACAAAAUCAAAAAAACAAAAUACAAAGCUGUUGAUUGGCUGUUUGGUAUAAAAGGAGUGAUUUGAUUAGUUAAAAUUUUUCGACCUAAAGAAAGAUGCAAAAUGAUUGGCUGAAAUGUUUAUACAUUUUUCAAGGGACAUUGUGCAUUGACUAAAGGAUAUCAGACUUUCGAAAGAAAUUCUUUAUUAGUGCAUUUCUUUAGCUGGUCAAAAUGGUUUUUUGUCUGAGUAAAAGAAUAUUUUACCUCAACUAAACAGAAAAUGACAAUGUAAUUGUCAAAGCUUGUGUUCAGAAAGAUGUAUUAAUUAAUUCUUACUUGAUAGCACAUAGUGUAUUUUGUGACAUCAGUUUGUCUGUAAAUAUACAAAAUUUUGGUUGAACCAAUAUAUUAAACACCGACACCAAAUUUCUAAUGUAUCUGACAUAAUAUGAGACAAGGAAGUCCAUUGUAAACAAAACAGGCCAGGGCAUUUUCUCAGGACUUGUCCGGAAUUCAGGUUUUUGCCUCGUAUUAAUUUUCAGGUUCUACACACUUGCCCAGGAAAUACAUAUUUUGGAAGAAUCGCAGUUAUUUGGUCAUAUGAAAUAAUAUUUUUUUCCAUUUAAAUGAAGUGAAGUGCAUUCAAAAUGCAGGAAUUAGCAUGAUUGUUUAUAGUUCCAACUUUUGACUCGAGUUACUUCCCCUUUUGUAAGGGCAACACCUAUCAAAAGUCAACAAUAUCAAGAUAAUGUGAAAUCCUUAAAAAAACAUAUAAUUUUGUGAUUUAGUUGUAAGAAUUUAUCUAUUUAAACUUAUGGUAAGAUGAAUAGAAGUUUUAUGUACAUUGGGAUUUUAUUUCGUUGAUUGAUGCAAGCAUGAAAAGCACAAAAAUUAGUCUAUCAUGAAAAUUGUAAGAUUUCAGUGGAUCUUGGUCUUCCAAUUUCAUGGUGAAAACACCACACUGUGAAGUCUGUGGGUGCUGUAGGGAGGUGAUUCUUUGGAGAGAUUAAUUCACUAGGAAUUUAAUCUAACUAGAAGGAAAAUAUUUAUAGGAAGGUUUAGAUUCGGGAAAUAGAAUUUACUUUUGCGUGCUUUGUUGGCAAAUAAAAGAGUUUUGAGUUCAGAUGCGUAGUAAUCUAAUCACGAAAGCCGAAGGCCUGAGUGAUUAAUUACGACGCAUCUGAAUGAAAAAAAAAACGUGUUUUAUUUGCCAACAAAGCACCCAAAACUAAAAUCUAUCUCCAUUCUAACAUGUUCAAAUUACACCAGGAAGGGAUACUGAUCUGGAAUCUUUUUUUAGGUGGAAUAGCCAAAAGUAGGUUAUUGUGCGAAACAUGUUUUAAUCAACAAGACAAUACACGGUAAAAUCCUUCUUUGUUUAUAUAAAAGAAAAUCUUAAAGUGUUAAAAUCGUUCUUAAAGCCCUGCUCCGCGGCUGUUCAAAUUCUAUUGUGUGUAUGCAACCCAUGAUUACAAUAGGUAACAGUUAAUGGCCACGCGCCACACUUAAGCAUGCAAAACCACAGGUAUUUUAUAUAGAAUUUUAUAUAAAAUAGGCUCUAUUUUGACAGGCGUCACUGUUCGUAGUCAGGAUUUUCAUGUUUUUUCAGUGACAAUUUAAGGUUAAAAGGUAGAACUGGAGCGGGUCUUUAAUGCGUAUUCUCUUAAAAGUUGUAUCAUUGAAAUAAGUGUUGUAGAGUCCAGUUGCCAAAAUACAGUCAGUCAGCAUUAUAGUUAUGGUAUUGUGUGUGAUGGUCUAUAACUUUCUGUUUCUUUAGCUCUUAUUUUCCUUUUUAUUCUCGCAAGAAAAAGCAUUUUACAUGCGGGUGGUACUGUAAUGUCUUCGGACAAGCAACCUUUUGACCUGCAGAACGUGGUUGGAUAAAUUCUGAUUACAUUUUUGAAAAAAAAAACCACUGAUAGGGGGUAGGGAAACAGUAAUAAAAGAUACACAACCUAUAAAAAAAUCCUGAAAGGUAGAAAGUUGUGAUAAAAUUUUAACAUUGAAGAUGUCUAGUUUGAUGGAACAUUUUUCUCAGUAUUUAACUUAAGAGCAUUGAAAUUUCAGUAAACAAUGUAUAAAAUAUUAAAUCCAGUGUGCUUUUUUGUUUAGUGAUAUUUCUAGUAAUUAUUCUAUUACCCAUUAGGCAUUUUUCUGUCUUCAGUAGAUCUUAGAUAUUUUGAAAUAUGAUCUCUUUAACCAUAAGCCUGCUGGCAGCCAGUGAUUCUGUCUUUGCAACCAGUCCAGACCAAGAGCAGCCUGCACAUUUGUGCAGGCUGAUCAUGGUCUGCACUGUUAGCUAUUCAGUCAGUAAAUUUUCAGUGAACACCCCUUCAAAUAAUAAGCGGGACUGCCUAAAUUGAACGAUGGACUAGUCCGUUUUAGAAAUUUAGCAGGCUAAGGGUUAAAUAUAUUUGUGGUGCUUGAAUUGUGUUUGCAUUUGCGUAAAAUUCAAUCAUUGUAUAAUAUAUAUUGUUGUAAAGAGUCAAAUUUGAUAUUGCUCGACAGCAAAAAUGAGUUUGUUGCAUUUGUGUUGACAGCCAAUCAAAAUUAGUGUUACAUGUCAUUUCCCACAUUGCAUCAGACAAGAAACUUCAUCAACCAAUCAUAGCUUGUAUUACUUGUAAUUGUUUUAUUGCAAGUUUAUAUGAAAGUGAGGACAAAAUUUCCAAAUAAGUGAAUGAAUUGUUUUCUUUAAACUGAUAUGCCAGUAAAUUUGACAUGGUGCUACUUGGUAAUUAACACAAUAUGUAUUAAACGCUACAUGUAACAUUUUGUUUCAAUCAAUUUCAACAGUAAGGGUAUAUGAUUAUGUGUCCGUGUGAAUUGAUUGACACCCGGUGAAUCAGAUGUCAUGACAAACUUAUGUUUCCAUUGGAAUUCAUGUCAUAUACUUUAUCCUAGAUAAUUUUUAUCACUCAUCAUGGGACAUUUUUAAAGUGAGCCUGGUAUAAUUCAGAAAUAUAUUUAGGGAUAGAUGGUAAGGAAAACUUACAACUGCACAUUCGGCUCAGUAGGUAGAGGACAGUACUUCCGGUCAAGAGGUCCUAGGUUUGAAUCCCAUACAUGGCAUUAGGUUUUAAGAUAAUAUAUGUAGGUCAAAGGUCUUCCAUGAGUGAGGGGAGGUCAUUUACUUUUGUCAAAACUGAAUUGAUGUCUUAGGUAUCACAGAACUUCUGUUAAACGAAAAGUUGUUGGCCGAGUGGUUGAGGCUGCUGAAUUCAGAUCACUUGCACUCCCACAACUGUGAGUUCAAAUAAAACCUCGCUUUGGAUAUAGAUUUCUUCCAAGUGAGGAUGCCAGCCAGCUGACUUAUGGAAGGUCAUUUGUUAUGUCUAGGUGCCAGUCUAUUCUCGGAUUAAUGCCCAGAAGGGACCUAGGCUUUUUUCCUCUAUGAAAAUCUGAAAAGUCACAAUAUGACACAUAUUUGUUAGAGUGAUUUUUAACCCAACAAAAUUAAAAACUUUAAAAAGUUGGUAUUUUUAAGUUAAAGUCUAUAGACAAAAAGGCCUAAUAUGGUAGUCAUUUUGUCUUCUGCUUUAGGAAAUAGUUUAGUGCUGUGGCUGUAAAUCAUUGUGCUAUAAGUAGAAGUUAGAAGUUUGUUCCAGUAGGUGAUUAAAUUGUUGUUGAAAUGAAGUGUGUUCAUCAAGAAGGGGGCCUGUAGAUUUAAAUAAUUCUUCAUUUAUUUUGCUAGUAGUUCUAAAACAAAAAAGGGAACCAACUAUUUUAUUCAGUUCUAGGCAGUUGUAAUUUUUGAGACACUCUCUUCAAAUUCUUUUGAUAUUUUACUCUAAAAUCAUUUUGAUAUUACAGGCACGAAAUUUUGAAGUCUUUGUCUAAACAGCUAUAUGAGCCGUGCCACGAGAAAACCAACAUAGUGGGUUUACGACCAGCAUGGAUCCAGACAGCCUGCGCAUCCGCACAGUCUGGUCAGGAUCCAUGCUGUUCGCUAACAGUUUCUCCAAUUCCAGUAGGCUUUAAAAGCAAACAGCACGGAUCCUGACCAGACUACGCGGAUGUGCAGGCUGGUCUGGAUUCAUGCUGGUCGCAAACCCACUAUGUAGGUUUUCUCAUGGCACGGCUCAUAUCAUCAUGGGUGUCUUAAUUCGUGGAUUUUCACCUUAGAACAUGAAAUUAAUGAGAAUUUCACUUCUUCCUUUGGAUUUGAUUAUGAGUUGACUCAAUUACAGUAUCUGUGAAAAUAAAAUUAUUUUACAGUAUACAUCUGGAGGCAAGCCCCUUUCUAAAAUUUUCUCAUUUAAAAAAAAGUGCUGUUUUUCGUUGUGAAGUAAACUUGCGUUAUAUGAUUUUUUUGUACAUUAAUAGUAAUUAUAUAUAUAUUAUACAUUUUAUAUAUUUGCAUGGCAAAUUUUAUUUAGGUUGAAAGUAGUGUAUUUGUUUUUGUAAGAGAAUGUUAUUCUGUUUAAAUGACAGUCUGUAUAAAUUUAGAAUAAAUUUUUUUUUAAUGCUCGUUUACAAGUUUUGUGUUGGAAAGUUUAUUGAAGAAUAGAUCUAAUGAAAUAUAACUAGCCUGGACCUGUAUUCAUCAAUGUUUUAAAAGGUUGAAAUUUUUAGAAUGGAAAUACUCAGUUUUGCUCAGUUGAUUUUCAGCAAAUUUACACUUUUGAAGUUUUGACGAGUCUUUUUGUAGCUGCAGAAGGUUCGUUACGAUCUGUUCAAACAUUACAAUGACGGGGCAAAAAGAAAUUUUUAUAAUUUUUAAACUCUCUAACCUUAAGCCUGCUGACGGCAAGUGAUUCUGCCUUUGCGACUAUUGUAGAUCGUGCCGUGCAGGCUGAUUCUGUUUGCUAUUCAGUCAGUAAAUUUUUCGUUGAACAUUCCUUCGAAUAAUAAAUGGUACUGUCCAGACUGAAAGAUGGACAAGUUCAUUAUAGAAAUUUAGCAGGGUAAGGGUUAAGAUUCAGACUUAAAACUUUGAUGAAUGUGAGUCCUGGUGGCUUUUUGUACUGUGAAAUCAUUUUUAUUCACGUAGGACGAAUUUUCGCGUAUUUCGCGCUAGGACCAAUGCCGAAUUUAAGACCGGGCUAUUAUUAUUUUUUUAUUAUAUUUUCCCUUUCUAAAAUUGAAAAUGCACGAAUUUAAGCCCGAGAGAACAUUUGCGCGAAAUUUCAUGCCAGCAAAUUUAAAUGAUUUCAUAGUAUUUGAAGAAUUUGUUACAGAUAUUUUAGAGUUUAUUUCAAAUUCAGUGGUGAAUAAAUUUGUGAAAUUUUACUAUAUUUCGGUGCAGUAAUUUUUUUUUAAUUGUACCGAAAGUACCUAAAAUAUUUUUAUUUUCAAGAAAUACUUGAUACAGUAUUUUUUAGGUUUCAAGAUUUUGUAUUUAAUAAUACCUUCAUUGGUAUGGAAUGUUUUCAUUUAAUGCAAAUUCUAGAUUGAUAUUCACCUGGUUAAUGGAAAUUUACUUCUUGAUAAAGUCUUCUAUGACAGUGGAGAUAUGCGUUUUGAUAUGUAGUCAUUUCGGUUAUAUUUUACACCAAAAUUUAAUUACUUCUGGGCAUUUUAAGUUCAGAAGCGAUGUUUUAACUUAUCUCAACCAAAGUGCUGAAUUACCAGUACAAAAGGAAAUAUUCAGCAUCAGUCAGCUAUGGUCUACAGGUCUAUUGUUUAUAAUCCAGAAGUCAGAAUUUUGGCCUACUUUAAAUGAAAACUUUCGUCAGAAUGUUUGCCACAGUAACAUCUCAAGACCAUAUUCAUACUGAGAUGCCAGAGGUCAAAAUCUAGGUCACCUGGUCAAACCUGGAGAAGACCUUGUCAACUUUCUAGAGGACAUACUUUUUACCUGAUCUUCAUAAAACUUUGUGAGAAUAUUUGAGCCGUGCCAUGGGAAAACCAACAUAGUGGCUUUGCGACCAGCAUGGAUCCAGACCAGCCUGCGCAUCCGCGCAGUCUGGUCAGGAUCCAUGCUGUUCGCUAACAGUUUCUCUAAUAGCAAUAGGCUUUGAAAGCGAACAGCAUGGAUCCUGACCAGACUGCGCGGAUGCGCAGGCUGGUCUGGAUCCAUGCUGGUCGCAAACCCACUAUGUUGGUUUUCUCAUGGCACGGCUCAUUUGUGUUUAUGAUAUAUAGGUCAUGUUAUAAUAAAUAAUGUAGACCAGUCACUAAAUUCCAGAAUCUGAUUGGCUGUUUCUGAUCUGAAAUUGACCAAUGACAGGAGUUGAUUUUCUAGACUUGUCUGUAAAUUCAUGUUUAAUAUCGCAAGAAACAUUAACAUCUCCUAUAGGUUUUAUCAUGAAUUGCUUUUUCUUCUCAGAAAAAAAAAAAACUGGAAAAAAUAGCAACAAGAGAUUUUAAAUCUCCAUACAAAUUUCCAUUAUUGCUUCCAAACAUCAAAACAUGUGCAUAAACAUAUACAUUGUGAUUUGUAAACAAAUGUCAAAGUUGCCAUUUACUCAUUUUCGCUGAUAAAAAAAAUCGCUGUAAAUAAGCAUUUCAGUGUCAUAAUCUUGAUGUCAUUAUUUCAGUGUCAUUAUCUCGUUGUCAUUAUUUCAGUGUCAUUAUCAGUGAUUUUGCAGCUUAUUUCAUGUACUUCAUUGUCUUAAUGCCAUUAAAGAAAUAAAAACGUG